CAGGUUUCCAACAUGGCAAACAGCGCCAACUCGCACUUUCUGGAGCCUGCGGCUGCUCUCGAAGCGCAGCGUAUAAAUUGCAGCAGCCGCAGCCGAUUCUCAUCAAUUCAGCGAGCGAGUGUUCACUUCCGGCGACCGUCAUCCGCCUUCAGCAGCUCUCGUCUACUAACAGCCAGCGCUCCAAUUUCUCGUUCAGGUGCAGGGAAGAAAGCCUUCUGCCGCGAUGGACAUUUACUUCGGACAUCCUCUUACCAGCGCUCUCACUCAGUUGUUGAAUACUUCUGAUGAGUACGAGAAGUCAUUGAAUCCGACUGCCAGGACUUAUGUUCGUGACACGAAGGCGAUGUUUAACACCUCGGUUGACGUGAAGGAGCUUCCAAAUGCGUAUGUCUUCAUCGCGGACAUGCCCGGACUCAAGUCCAGUGACAUCAAGGUGUCAGUGGAGAACGAAAACGUUCUCACGAUCGGUGGUGAACGAAAGCGCAGCGAGUCUGCGGACGAGUCGUCCAAGUACGUGCGCCUGGAAAGACCUGCAGGAAAAUUUCUGAGGAAGUUUACACUUCCGAGUAAUGCGAAGCUCGAUGCUAUAUCGGCGGCAUGCGCGGAUGGUGUCCUCACCAUCACAGUGCCGAAGAUACCUCCUCCUGAGCCUCACAAGCCGAAGACUAUUCAGGUCACCGAGGGUUGAUCGGCACCGCCGGAGAAUGGAGGAAGUUCAGAAAUAAGGCGAAAUCAUAUCCGCGACAUGAAAUUGGUGUCGACCAGCUGCGCCGUGUAUACAUCACCGUGGUUUGGCAAGUAGUGACAGUUCCAGAUGCAAGACAAUGAGCAGAAGAGUGACAGAUGAAAGACGACAGAGAUAGUUUUGUGCUAGAUCUGGGUUUCCCUCAGAACACCGUUUCUGUAGCGUUUAUGGAUUCACGGUUUUUGAUCUACGAACUCAACGAUUAGUCUACUGGAAGCUUACUGAUGCUUGUAAACGUGCGAGCAAUCAAAGAGUAAAGAAUUCAUUUUUCCAAC